GGGCGCCCGCCUCCGACCCGGAAGCGCCUCCUCCCUGCAGGGUUGCCAGCGCGAAGAUGGCGGCGGAGGAGCCUCAACAACAGCCGGAGCCCGUCGGAGGGGACACGGACGGAGUGAAUUGCUUGGCCUACGAUGAAGCCAUCAUGGCCCAACAGGACCGCAUUCAACAGGAGAUUGCUGUCCAGAACCCUUUAGUCUCCGAGAGGAUGGAGUUGGCCGUCCUGUAUAAGGAGUAUGCUGACGAUGACCAUGUAUACCAGCAGAAGAUCAAGGAUCUGCUGAAGAAGUAUUCAUUCAUUCGGAAAACGAGGCCGGAUGGGAAUUGCUUCUACCGAGCGUUUGGCUUUUCCCACCUGGAAGCUCUACUGGAGGAUGGCAAGGAGCUGCAGCGCUUCAAAGAAGUGGCGGCGAAAAGCAAAGAAGUGCUCGUUUCCCAGGGCUUCACGGAAUUCACCAUUGAGGACUUCCAUAAUACGUUCAUGGACCUGAUAGAGCAAGUGGAGAAACAGACCACGGUGGGGGAGCUGCUGGGCUCCUUCAACGACCAGAGCAUCUCCGAUUACCUUGUCGUCUACCUGCGGCUGCUGACGUCCGGCUACUUGCAACGGGAGAACAAGUUUUUCGAGCACUUCAUCGAGGGAGGACGGAGCAUAAAGGAGUUUUGCCAGCAGGAGGUGGAGCCCAUGUGCAAGGAGAGCGACCACAUCCACAUCAUCGCCCUGGCCCAGGCCCUCAACGUCUCCAUCCUGGUGGAGUACAUGGAUCGGGGCGAGGGCGGGGCCACCAACCACCACGUCUUCCCCGAAGGCUCGGAGCCCAAAGUCUAUCUCCUGUACAGACCGGGACACUACGACAUCCUGUAUAAAUAGAGGGGGGGUGGGAAGGGGGUAGGAGCGAGGCAGGUGGCUGCUCAACCAGCCCCCCCCCACCCUUUCCGUCUCUCUCUUUCUCCUCCCCCCUCCCCCUUGCUGACAUCCACCCCCUCCACCCACCCACCCCCAAUCCUGGCGUCCUCCGUCUCGCCCACGUUUUCCCUCCACCCACCCACCCCUCCCCCCCCUCGUCGGGCAGCUUCGUCUGUGCUUGUAAAUGGUGACCGUUUCGUGCUGCCCAUCUCGCUCACUCGGUUUGUUUAUUAUUAUAUAUUUUUCCCUGCUUUUGUUGUUACACUCUUCUGUGUUUUAUUAAAAGGGAGGCCGGUGAGACAA